AUGGAAGGGGGCUCCUCACGUGCCGCGUUCCAGAUGCGUCUUGCCAGCAUGAAGCUGGACGCGGGCGUGCUCCCGCUCAAAGUUCAGGUACAUAUUGCCGCCAAAAAUGUCCAGAGCAUGCGGGCCGAGACGAGGUUUCAAGAUGGCUUGGCGGAACUGGAUGCUGGUGAGCACGAUUUGGUUUUCUUAUCCGAAAUUGGGCGAUCCGAGUUGCCGGAGGUUCUCAAGACGCCUCGACAGGGCAAACUUUACCUCAGUGGUGGAUUUGCUUUCCAUGGCGUUGGAAGUUACAUUGCUCCAAAGUUUUGCAAGUCGAUUUCUGGCAUUUGUUUCCAUGCGAUUUCUGCUCAAUUGUGCAUCUUGCCAUUCUCAUUUCAUGGCCGCAAAUUUCCCACAUAUUCAUGGUGCUUCCCAACCAGCUGGGACAAUGAUUCGGUGGUUGAGCUUUACAGUGCCCUGAUUUUGAUGCUUGAAACAGCCAUGCCUCUUGCAGCCAUUCCUAUCCUUGGUGGGGAAUUUUAA